CCAGCCUGUCAGCGAGGCGUGGCGCCCCUUGCGGUGCGGAGGCCCGCCGCCUCCUUCAUCGCCGAGCCGGCUGCAUGAGUCCGCUGUGUGCGCAGGAGCCGCCAUAUUGUCAUCUCAGGAGUACAGGAGCUCCAGCACGUCCUGCCCACACCCCAGAGCAAUCAUUUAAAGCCCCAAAAGCCCUGUCCAAGGUAAUCUCAAGAGCCACCCGUUUACCUUUGGAACAUGUCGGGUCCGGUCACGAGCCGAUCCCGAGUUUAUCCAGAUGUGAACACACAGAGGCCCCGAGAGUACUGGGACUACGAGUCACAUGUUGUCGAGUGGGGGAAUCAAGAUGAUUACCAACUGGUGCGAAAACUGGGCAGAGGGAAAUACAGUGAAGUGUUUGAAGCCAUAAACAUCACGAACAACGAGAAAGUAGUCGUCAAAAUACUCAAGCCAGUAAAAAAGAAGAAAAUCAAGCGAGAAAUUAAGAUUCUGGAGAACUUGAGAGGAGGCCCAAACAUCAUCACACUUCUAGACAUCGUGAAGGAUCCCGUGUCUCGGACACCAGCCCUGGUUUUUGAACAUGUAAACAACACAGACUUUAAGCAACUGUAUCAAACGCUAUCAGACUAUGACAUCCGGUUCUACAUGUAUGAAAUCUUGAAGGCGCUGGACUACUGUCACAGCAUGGGAAUAAUGCACCGAGAUGUGAAACCGCAUAACGUGAUGAUCGACCACGAACACAGAAAGCUCCGCCUGAUAGACUGGGGCUUGGCAGAAUUCUACCACCCGAGUCAGGAGUACAACGUCAGAGUGGCUUCACGGUACUUCAAAGGCCCAGAGCUGCUGGUAGAUUACCAGAUGUAUGACUACAGUUUAGACAUGUGGAGUUUAGGAUGCAUGUUGGCCAGUAUGAUCUUCCGGAAGGAGCCCUUCUUCCAUGGGCAUGACAACUACGAUCAGCUCGUCCGCAUUGCUAAAGUGUUGGGCACGGAGGACUUGUAUGACUACAUUGACAAAUACAACAUAGAGCUGGACCCUCGGUUCAAUGACAUCUUGGGCAGACAUUCCCGCAAGAGGUGGGAGAGGUUCGUGCACAGCGAGAACCAGCACCUGGUCAGCACCGAGGCUCUUGACUUCCUGGACAAGCUGCUGCGAUACGACCACCAGGCCCGGCUCACGGCCCGGGAGGCCAUGGAGCACCCCUACUUCUAUCCUGUCGUGAAGGACCAGGUGAGAAUGGGCUCCACGUCUGGAAUCUCCACGGGGAACACCCCUGUCAGCUCCUCCAGCAUGAUGGCGGGUAUCACGUCGAUGUCCUCAGCACAGCCAAUGGGGAGUAUUGCUGGCUCGCCGGUCAUCUCCUCCCCAAACUCUCUGGGCACGCAAGUCCCAGCAGCCACUGGGGCACAGCCCUGAACUGAUCCCUCUCCCCCCACACGUCCGUGCUCAGAAGUCUGGGAUGGGCUUCAUUUUUACGUUGAGAAUUCGAGGAGGAGAAAUUAGGUUCCUUUUUUCCAUACAAUAAUUAUAUAUACGAUUCAGACGCACCAAGUUUUAAGUUGCGGCUGUGUCUGGGUUAAAUGUAGGUGCAAUCUUUGAUGACCGUGUCUAGAAAAGCAACUACACUGUAGAAAUUAAUAAGAAAAAAUGGAUAAUAAAAUUUAUUUUAUAUGUCCCUAAAUGACA